GCUGUGCUCCUUAAUAACAAGAGGGAAAAGGCGGGGGUGGGGGCUAGUGGGGGGAGGGAAGGGAAAGAGGGAGGGAGAGAUUGAAAGGAGGGGAGGGACGUCAGGGGAGAGGAGGAAAGGGGAGGAGGAACCGGAGAGGGGGAGGAGAUCCAGCUUGCGUCACUGCCUCAGAGUGAGAGCGAGCUGGGGAGAGCAAGGCAGUUCCGAGGGAAGGACUGAGCGAGGCAGGCAGCCCUUGAGGCUCUGCUCGCUCACCUUCCACUCUUCCUCCUUCUCUCAGUCAAUCUCCCCGCCCCCCCCCCCAUUUUCCCUCUCUCAAAUUACCAAUUUCGCCAAAGGAAGGAGGUUAGGGGAGCGCCCCCUCCCUCCAAAAACUACUAAAACUUCCACAGUCGGGACCGAGUGGUCGCCGGCUGGCCAUGGAGCUGCUGUGUUGCGAGGUGGACCCGGUCCGCAGGGCUGUGCCGGAUCGCAACCUGCUGGAAGACCGCGUUCUGCAGAACCUGUUGACCAUCGAGGAGCGCUACCUCCCGCAGUGUUCCUAUUUCAAGUGCGUGCAGAAGGACAUUCAGCCGUACAUGCGCAGGAUGGUGGCCACCUGGAUGUUAGAGGUCUGUGAAGAACAGAAGUGCGAAGAGGAAGUCUUUCCUUUGGCCAUGAAUUAUCUGGACCGUUUCUUGGCUGGAGUCCCGACUCCUAAGACCCAUCUUCAGCUCCUGGGUGCAGUGUGCAUGUUUCUAGCCUCUAAGCUCAAAGAGACCAUCCCACUAACUGCUGAAAAGCUGUGCAUCUACACCGACAACUCCGUGAAGCCCCAGGAGCUGCUGGAGUGGGAACUGGUGGUGUUGGGCAAGCUGAAGUGGAAUCUGGCUGCCGUCACCCCUCACGACUUCAUCGAGCACAUCCUACGCAAGCUGCCCCAGCAGAAGGAGAAGCUGUCCCUGAUCCGCAAGCAUGCGCAGACCUUCAUCGCUCUGUGUGCUACCGACUUCAAGUUUGCCAUGUACCCACCAUCGAUGAUCGCCACUGGAAGUGUGGGAGCCGCCAUCUGUGGGCUUCAGCAGGAUGAAGAAGUGAACACACUCACCUGUGAUGCGCUGACCGAGCUGCUGGCCAAAAUCACCCACACUGAUGUGGAUUGUCUCAGAGCCUGCCAGGAGCAAAUUGAGGCUGUGCUGCUCAACAGCCUGCAGCAGUUCCGUCAAGAGCAGCAGCAUAACAACGGAUCCAAGUCUGUGGAUGAUCUGGACCAAGCCACCACCCCUACAGACGUUCGGGAUGUUGACCUGUGAGGACGCCGUUCGGGCCCCUGCAAGAGAGAGGCGUGUUCAUCAUCUGCUCGCUCCUUCUCUCUCUAGUUAUACUUUGUUCUUUGUGUUUUAGGAUGAAACUUAAAAAAAAAAAUCUGCCCCCACCUAGAUCGUAUUUAAAGAUCUUUUAGAAGUGAGAGGAAAAGGCCCUAUAAUUGAAACGCAUGUGGUGCCUGUUCAAAGUACAGCAAUAAGGGGAUCCCUUGUCUAAGCGAACAGUUGUUGUUUGAUGAUGGAAAAGUCAUAGUAAGAUGCUUACAGGAGAAUGCGCAGGCUAGCUCGAUUGCAUACACCUGCAAUAUUGGAACCAGUUAGAGGAAACUGUCUUUUGCUUGUGAACUAGUACAUAUGCCCCUUUUAGUAGAAUUGCAAGGAGCCGUGGAUGCCAGAAAGGCAUGCAGGAUUAGAUUGCAAAGCAAUGAGCGCAAGAAGGAAUCAGAAGCAAGAAGGGACGCGCUGGGGAGGUUGCACAGAACUACCUGUCCACAUGGCUGAACCAUUUUGGAUGUAAGAAGCGCCUUUGACGCCUCACCAUGUGUCACCAAGACUUAGCAUGGCGGGGUCUCUCCGUUGCAUUCUCUCGCUGUCUACAGUAGCUGCUAUCUAAGGGAUAUGUCUUUUGCCAGUCGGACACAGGUGAUUGGCUCCUAAGUCUCGUAUUUGGUGAGUUUGUGCUUCUUCCUCCAAACAUGGUUCAUUGCAGAUGUACCUACUGCUAUCUAAUGGGGGGAACUAACUAUGGGCCAUGACCAAAACUCAUCUAAAUGGGGGCAGAUGGAGAGCACAAGUGGAUCUGAAACAAAGCUAUCCUAUGUAACGGAAGAGGGCGAGGCGAUCUGUAAUCCCUUAUUAGGAAAACAACAGUUUAGCUUCUGGUGCUGACUGGCAUGUCUGGUCCACAGUUUAACGUUGUUAUAAACCAUUCCAUUAGAAAAGCACUUUGAAAAAUUGUUCUGGGGUGGUGGGGGGAGGUGGGUAGAUGGGAUGGUUUAUGCAAUCAUGUUGAAUACUCCUUCCUUCUUUGCCCCUCCCCUCCCUGUCCCCUUCCUAUUAUUCACUUCUGGAGUCUAAUGUUCUGGUACAUAACUCUGGUGUCCCUACCAGGACUAAGAGAUCCUUCCGCUGACAUUCCCAUCCCAGCCUAAAAACAAAGGUUUAAACCAUUCUGGUGGCAUAGAAGGACUGGAUCCCCAUCUGAAAUUUUCUUCUUUGGACAUGAAAAGAAACAUCAGGGUGCGGCAUUUUGUUACCUUUUCUGUUUUUGGGUUGUUCUUUUUUUUUCUGUUUGUUUGUUUAAUUUUACUGCAAAGUUGUAUUCAUCGUACUUGAAUUGUUCCUCUCCUACUUCUUUGAGGCAAUCAGCAAAUGGAAGUUGGAGUCACGGUUGUCAAUUGACAGGUAAUGAAGCUAUUUGUUAAAAUAUUUGCCUUUUUUUUUUUUUAAGAUAAAAGAUCAGAACAGGGCUGCUUUGAAGAAAGAAUUUCAUGCACAGGCUCUGCCUUGUUUCCUAGUGUGAGGGUUGAAGAUGGAGAAACAGCUAAGGGUCUCUUAUCUUUUGUUUUCUUUUGUUCUGUUUAUUAUUAUUUUUCGCUGCUAAGCUGAGAUCAUCCAUCCUUAUUCACAUUAACAGGACCUAGCUGUAAUGUUUUCACGGUGUGCUGCUAUUUUAGAAACAUUGUUAUAAUAUAUUAUUUUACUGCUUAGAUUUCAA